UGCGUCCGGGGCCCGGGGGAGCGGCUGCCGGGGCGCCUGCUCACGGGGGCGCUCCUCGCAUUGCUGUGGGGGAUGGUGUGCAGCGCGGCCCCCCUUCCUGGUAGUUUAAUGGUGUGCUGCACUGGGGAAGCGGAGCACCUAAGUAGUUGGCAGUACUGAGUGGGUGAAACAUAAGAAAACCUACUGUACCCCAGUUGUAACCAGAGUUGCUUAUCUGAGUUAGGUGGAUGCUGUGUUACAUACUUAAAUAGGGUGGUCCAAGAGAUCGAAUAAAGUGUGUUUAGCCUCACCCAGCAGACUGCUAGGCCAUGCUGGAUAAAGUGUAUUAAACAGAGCAGCGUGUAGUUCAGCUUCCUCUGUGUGUGUGUGUUUCGCAGCUUAAGGCGUCGGGCGUGGUCGUUGUUUCUGUGGUCAGUGGCCUUGCCUGGAAUUAUUUUGGCCCCCCUCUAUAAAUUUGCAUAUCUUUUUUGAAUCACUAUAAACUCACAGUUUCCUAAAAAACUAUUUGCAUGGAGCUGUAUUUCUCAGUUUUAUUGUAUGCUUUGUUUCUUUAGUUAGUUUUGUCACCAGCUGGUAUCAUCUGAUGCCAUCUUGCUUCUGUACAGAAAGAAGUCGUUAGCAAUUGCUCCCUUUGUCCAUUCUUGGAGGCAGUCACAGUACUCUAGGGCUGUGUCAGGUGCACUAACUUCGAUGCAGAAGAGUUCUAGUUUACAUACUUGUUUCUCAGUUGGGAGUUAAUGUGGUCUGAUUUUUUUGGCCCUUUCCUUUCUACUUGCAAGUGAGUUAAAUUCCAGGCCUAGGGCCAGGAGGUCCUUUCUUCACUUACAGGUGUGGUGUUCAGGUGUUGCUUUGAAAGCCACUGUGAAAAGAAUAUUGCAUAAGCUCUGGAGAGAGACGUAUAUCACAUAGACGAUAUGAUCGAGUCAGUCAAAGUAAGAAGACAGUGCAUGCUGGAUUUCUAUUCGCAUUAUGAACAUCUUUGUGCUCUUCAAGGCUCUGUCCCACUGAAAGCUGUGAAGGCUAACCUGAGUCGUCGUGCUCUUGAUCUAACUGUAGAUCGCAUCAAAGCUGCUGAUUGGAUACCACUUCUGAAUGCUAUCAGGCAUAAUAAGACUCUGACUUCUAUUGGAAUAAGAGCUUUUCAUCAACAUGGUCUUGAAGAAUCAGGUGUUGAAAGAUACAAAACUUACUUUAGAAGAAUUCCAGCAGUUCGAUCAAAAGACGUGACUGGCCAACUAUGCAAAGCUGUCAAAUGCUGUCUCAGCAUAUCAGAUGUACUAAAAAAUUUAGAACUGCAGGGUUUGCUUCUGAGGGAGAGAGAUCUAAUACUUUUAACAAAGGGCUUGGCCACAGCAUCGUCUCUGGAGAGUGUCUCUUUUGCCCACUGUCCAAUUGGAGAUGGAGGAUUAGAAACAAUCUGUCAGAGUUUAAAGAAUUCAGCUAAUAUCAGAUAUGUAAACUUCACAGGAUGUAGCCUCACAUGGCGAGGGGCAGAACAUAUAGCAAAUAUAUUGAAGCACCAGGCAAUGAAAAGACAUGGAGAAGCUUGGGCUGAAAGCCUGCGAUACAGGAGACCUGUUCUGGACUAUAUGACUGGCUUGAGGCGUGUUACUUUCAACUGCAACAUGCUUGUUGGAGAUAGAGGAGCAAGUGCCUUUGCAGAUUGUCUAGGAGAGGACCUUUGGCUAAAAGCACUUGAUUUGCAACAGUGUGGAAUAUCUAAUGAAGGAGCAAGGUCAUUAUUAGAUGCUCUUCAAACUAAUACAACAUUAGUGGUACUUGACAUAAGAAAAAAUCCAUUAAUUGAUACCAUUAUGAUGAAACGCGUUAUUGAAAAAGUUCUUAUGAAUGGAAAUAGUGCUAAUUUGGAGUAUAAGUGGCUGAUGUCUCCAUCUUCCAAAGAUGUUUUGAAAUCUAAACCGAAGAGAAGAACUAUUGUCCUAGGAAGUGGUCCAAAAGGAAAAGCUACUAUUCGUAUUGGGUUACCAUCUAAAAAGUCUGUAAGUCCUGGGAAAAAAAGUAUGUCUGUGAAAGACAGUUACUCACCAAAACCACUACCACCAGGCACAAAAGGCUUCCUUCCAUGGCGGACUGCAGAACGUGCAAAGAGAUGCAGAGGAGGGCCAGUGAAUGGUACUGAAGAAUUACCAGUGAAGACUGAGACAGGUAUUCCUGUGAAAGUGACAGUGGAAAGUGCUUCUACAUCUGAAACUGAAGACACAGAAGAUUUAGAUGUUGUUACCCACUACCCUGAUUUGUCAAAAUCAUUAGAUAAGAUUAGUGUAACAAAGCACCAACAGUUACAGGAGGAGCUGGAACAAUGCAUGGAAAAAUUAAAGGAAGAACAGAGCGCCAGAGUAAAGGCUGAGGAACGAAUAACGGAGCUGGAAAUUGAAAAUGCAAGAUUAAGGAAUCUAAAUAUCUCCCUGUCUGAGGUUCUUCAUGCGCAGUCAGUAACCAACAUGAUUUUGGAAGAUGAAGGUGUUCUGGGCAGCAUUGAGAGCUCUUUCCAAAAGUUUCAUGCUUUUUUAGACCUCCUUAAAGAUGCUGGACUUGGACAACUUGCUGUUUUAGCUGGGAUAGACCAGUCAGAUUUUGGUUUUUUGGGGGAUCCACAAAUGAAUUCUACUCUCAGUAAGUCUGCUAACAUGCUGAAGGAGAAGUCUUUUGAAGAAGAAAGACAUGAACAUAUCCAGAAUAGCAAAAACAGAGCUGGGGACAUCCAAGCUUCUCUUCCUGGCACAUUUCAAUCCCAGAUGACUGUGAAAAGUGCCUUCUCUGCUCUUAGACAAAUAGAAGACAUUCAGGCUUCUGAACAGCAGUACCAGCCCAGUUCACAGAAUGAAAAUGAAGCUCAAAUAAUUAACCAAAAGAAAGAGGAUGAACCUCAAAAUACUACUGCAACAUCCCCUGAGAGGAGAGUCAAACAAAAUGAACAAGCAAAAGGGCAUCAAUCAGCAAGGCAAUUGGUUACCAGUUGGCAUUCAUUUUCUGAUUCCAGUGUACAUAUUAAAAGUAAUGGUAGCAGAAUAUCCAGUGAUGCUUCUGGAGAAAAAAGCAGAAGUUGUUUCUCAAAGAAAUACAUUGCUAGAGCAAAUGAAAUGGCAAUUCCAAAUGAUGGAGCAAGCGGAGACCAAAGCAGACAGCAGACAGUAAACCGCUCUGGAACCGAUACUGUUGGAUCUGAUUCUGAAAUGCAAGAAAGUGUCAAAAGUCUUACCAGUACUUGAAAUGGUUCUAAAAUGUUUGGACUGGUUUUUACACUUGCAAGAGUAAAAACAGAUUUUGGAUGCCUCGGUAUAGCUUGAGAGUUUUUGUAAAGUAAUGUAGGCUUUGUAACCUUUUUAAGCAUUGCAUGCUGUUUUAUAUUCCUGAUCCAUGUUUGCAUCACUUGUUACUAGAUUUUUGGUUUUGGAAAGGUGAUAACACUGGUAAAAUGUUUCUACUACAUACAAAGGAUUCCCGGUAUAUGGAUUUUGUUGUAUAUCACAGAUCUCAUUAUACAGUGUAAACUGUCUUGAGCUAAUAAAUUUAAUUUGAUUACA